AUUUCCAUUUCCAUUUCAUUCCCAUUCCCAUUCCCAUUCCCAUUCAAAUCAAAAUGAAAAACUAUGCAACCCUCUUUCCUUCCUCUUCCACCUCCACUUCCACUUCUGUUUCUUCACAUCUAUCGUUGAGUUUGAUGAACGAUUACUCUCCUCUUGCCUACACCAAUGAUAGCUACGAUCACGACCAGCUUCCUUUAUUCGAAAAAAGCCUUAAUUGCAGCUCAGAUCAGGAAAUCGUGGUGGUCUCUCCCACUACCAGUAGUGGUUUAGGUAAUUCAACAUCUGGAUCAGGGAAGAUUAGUGUUAAGAAAGGCGAGAAGAAGAUCAAAAAACCUAAGUGUGCAUUUCAAACCAGGAGCCAAGUCGAUAUUCUUGAUGAUGGUUAUAGAUGGAGGAAAUACGGUCAAAAGGCCGUCAAGAACAACAAGUUCCCCAGGAGCUAUUACCGGUGUACACACCAUGGAUGCAACGUGAAGAAACAAGUCCAAAGGCUGUCAAAAGACGAAGGGGUGGUCGUUACAACCUACGAGGGAACACAUUCACAUCCAAUCGAGAAAUCUACAGAUAACUUUGAGCAUAUUUUGACCCAAAUGCAAAUUUAUUCUUCUUGCUAGCUAAAAAUAAAAAAAUAAAUAAACGCCAAGCUGUUGUCUACUAAUUUAGAUGAUUAGUUCCGAUGCUUCAACUGUUAUAAUGCAUUAGAUCCAAAUUGCAUACAUAUUCAUUCAUGUAUUAGUUUAAUGACCUGAA